AUGCCGCGGGGCCGGGCCGCCUACCUGGGUCAAGGUCGCGGCGGUCCCGUCCCGUCAGCGCCGCACCUGGGGAGGGCACAGGAGGCGUCGGGCGCGGGGCCGGGACCCCCGGGACCCCCCGGGACCCCGCGGGCCUCCACGGGACGGGGCCCUUCGCCCCUGGGCACUGCGGCCCGCUCGGACCCGUCCCCGCCGCGGCCCCUCGCCCUCGACACCGCCCGGGCCGGGCCGGUCCCUCCGGUCCCGCGCGGCCAAGGGCGGGCGGCGGCCCGGGCACCCCGGCACCGCGGCACAAGGGCGGCUGGACCUUCCCCGAGGCCCGCCCCGCUCCCCGCUCCCCCCGCUCCCGCUGUCCCCGCUCGCCGUGUCCCCAUUGCCGGUGCUCCGGCGCCCCCCGGCCGCUCGCGGUCCGCCCGGCGCUGCCGCUCACCGCCCGCCCCCGCCACGGGCCCCGCGCUCCCGACGCCAUCUUCCCGCCGCGCCCGACGCACCGCGCGCGCGGCCACGCCCACCGCGGCACGGGGACACGCCCACCGCGGCACGGGGACACGCCCACCGCGGCACGGGGACACGCCUACAUCCCUCGCGUGCCCGGCGGAGCUGGCACGGUGGCUGCUCCGCCCACGAGUCCCCGGGGCCAGCGGGUGCCCUGGGGACCCCUCGUUGCUAGGACACGCCCGGUGUCGCAGGAGCCGCGGGGCUGCGUCCCCUGGAGGAGCCGCGCCCGGCACCGGGGCAGGCGGCAGCACCCGGCAGGUGUGCAGGACCCCCGGCCACCGGGACGCACGGGAUCCCCGCUGUGAAGGACCCCACCGGGACCCUCGCCUCCGUCCUGUCCUGCCGCUGGGCCGGGCUCCAGCCCGGCAGCACCGCCGGAGCCAUGGCCGCAGCCCGGGCUGGCACCGGCACCGGACGCGCCUCGGGGUGAGCGGGGCACGGCCGCCUCCUGCGGGCUUGGGCCACACUGCCACCUCCUGGACCUGGACCCUGGACCCCGCCGGGGACUGGCACUACCAAUGGAUCAGCCUCAUGGUGCUGCCCAUCCUUUACAACUGGGUCGUCCUCAUCCUCAGGUGCUGCUUCCCCGAGGUGCAGGAGGCACACGCAGGGCUGUGGCAGGCCCUGGACGGGCUCAGCGACGCACUGUACCUGCUGGACAUCAUCGUGCACCUCCACACAGGUUUCCUGGAGGACGGGAUCCUGGUGCGGGACGCCAGGCGGACGCGGCGGCGCUAUCUGGGCUCCUGGAGCUUCCCCUGGGACGUGGUGGCCGUGCUGCCCACCGAGCUGCUGUGUCUGCUCCCGGGGGUCCCGAGGGUCCCGGGGGUGCCAGCGGCACGUGCCAACCGCUGCCUGCGGGUGCCACGGCUCUUUGAGGCCUUCGACCGGUGCGAGACGCGCACAGGAUGGCCCAACGCCUUCCGCAUGGCCAAGCUGAUGCUGUACCUGCUGCUGGGCAUCCACUGGCACGCCUGCCUCUACUUCACGCUGUCGGCACGCCUGGGGCUGGGCACCGACCCCUGGGUGUGCCCCAGCUUCCCCCGGCUGCUGCGCCGCUACCUGCACAGCUUCUACAUCUCCACGCUGGUGCUGGCCAUGGUGGGGGACACGCCGGCCGCACAGCGCGAGGAAGAGCUCCUCUUCCUCACCGCCGGCUUCCUCCUGGCCGUGCUGGGCUUCGCCACCAUCACCGGCAGCAUCAGCACCGUCAUCGUCAACCUCAGCUCGGCCGCCAGCGCCUUGUACCCCGAGGCGGGCCCGGUGCGGCGGUACCUGCGGGCGCGGGGCGCGGGCGGGCGGCUGGCGGCGCGGGUGGCGCGCUGGCACCAGCACCUGCGGGCGCAGCGCAAGCUGCCGGCCGAGUGGCGGGUCCUGCAGCACCUGCCGCGGGGGCUGCGCGCCGAGGUGGCGGCCAGCGUGCACCUGGCGGCCCUGCAGCGUGUGGGGCUGUUCCGCGGCUGGGAGCGCGGCGUGCUGCGGCAGCUGGUGCUGCGCCUGCGACCGCAGGUGUUCGGGCCCGGCGAGUUCGUGUGCCGGCGCGGGGACGUGGGCCGAGAGAUGUACUUCAUCCGCGAGGGCCGCCUGGCCGUGCUGGCCGCGGACGGCGUCACGCAGCUGGCCGUGCUGGGCGAGGGGCUCUACUUCGGCGAGAUCAGCCUCAUCAACAUCAAGGGCAACAUGGCCGGGAACCGGCGCACGGCCAACAUCCUGAGCAUCGGCUACUCGGACCUGUUCUGCCUGGGCAAGGAGGACUUGGCGGAGGUGCUGGCCGAGUUCCCCAGCGCCCGCGCUGCCAUGGAGGCCAAGGGCCGGGAGCUGCUGCUCCGCAUGGGCCAGCUGGACACCGGGGCUGAGGCGGCGGCGCUGGCGGCCGAGGCCGAGGCGGAGCGGCGGCUGCGGGGGCUGGAGGCGGCCCUGGAGGGGCUCCAGACGCGGGCAGCGCGGCUGCUGGCACAGCUGGAGGCCAGUGCCCUGCGCAUGGCCCUGCGCGUCCGGCGCCUCGAGGGACGGCUGCAGCUGCGGGACGGAGCCGUGCGGGACAGGGCGAGAUCCACAGGGGCACACGAUGUCCCCGGGGCUCAGGGGGUCCCACGAGGGGCGGGGGUGCCGCGGGACUGA